UCACAAUCUGGGAGGUUUAAAUGAAGGAGCAUUCAUGAUGUUCUGCAUAAAGAAAUUUGCAGUGCCAGGAAGUCAGCCAGGGAGUCAGAAAAGGACAAGAAGAAGAACAGAAAACAUGCAUUUAGCUAGUGCUUUCUGCCUUUUAAAUCUGCUGCAUGUUGUCUGCAGUUUCCAUGUGAAUGUUAUAAAUUCAGAAGGUGUUUCUUCCAGAACUGACCGGAUGUUAUCGAGGGACAUUAACUGGAUAAAGAGGAUGCUUACAGAGCUAAAUAGCUCAAAAGUAGACAAAGAAGAAGAUGUAUUAAUACAGGUAUUCAAAAGGAGACAAAAACGGUCUGAGAGUAGUGACGUCUGGCUGCAUAUGGGUACACAUUGUUCUUACAUGAGUCAACCUUGGAUAGGGGGGCUGCCAACAUUGUCCGCUGCAGAGGAAAUGUCCCCUUUGAAUUUGAGGGUACAUAUCAGCAUUGCUGGGCAUCCUAAGCCAGUGUUCCCCCAGCAACACCUUUUCCAGUUCAUAAGGCACAUCUAUAACUGCUGCAAGUUGGGAGUUGCAUGCCAGAAAAUUAAAGGACUCCAAGGAAGGUUAAGACGUGGUGGCCACCAUAACAACUUGGAGUUCUUUGUAAACUCUGACGUCUUGGAACUUUCUAUCAUGCGAGCUGAACUUCAUCUAGAAAUCUCAAACCCAGAUCGGGUGGAGGUGGAGCCUGUAUUAAGGGUGCAACACACAACUGCCCCAAGCGCCAGCAGCUCAAGGCAUAUAAAACAAGUAAAGAAUGGAAUAUUGGAACUCACUUUGGAUAUCAUGUUCCUGUUUAAGAUGCUGAAAGAUAAUCAUCAUGAAGUCAGCCCAGAACUGACUGAGCUCAUCUUAACGCUGAAGUGUAUCAAACAUAGCGUGUUGGUUUCCUGUGCCGAACAUGGUGUGAAUAUUCUUCUGGCUCCUUUUAUUGCAAUAGCUUACAAUUGAUUCACACAGAUGUGUUGUGCGGAGAUUUUGCAUAAGUUAUCAACAGCUGUGACAUGACAUCUGAGACUCUACAUCUAAACAGCAGCGUCAUGUUUUUUCUUUGUAUUCUUUUCCUUAAUGGAAUAUGGACGUGCAAUAACUUUAAAUGAAGAAGAUGUGUGUAUGCCUAUUUAGUAGGGUACAACACAAUACAGAAUCACACCUAUAAACUCCAAUGUCUGUAUUUAGAACUAUUAAUUAUAAUUUGCACACAUUUACCAGCUAUUUGUAAAGCAUCUCAUUCAAAAAUCAAUAGAUCCUUCACUAAAUUAUAUGCACUUUAGUAUUGAUACAUGUAAAUAGUUUACAAUUCCGUGCACUUUAAUAUUAUGUUUAUUCAUGUAAAUAGUUUAUAGAUCUAUUUUUAAAAUGCUUUCAUUAAUUUUUAUUAUACAGGGUUGUCUCAAUAA